AUGAAGCUUCGAAAUGUUUCGGGCUUUGCUGCCCAAUUUGAGAGGCUUUCUAUAGCUUCUACCACUCAGCGACCUCUUUGUACGGCUCUCUCCUCUUCUACCUCGAACAAACCAUCUUUUCCUUAUAAUGGCACCUCAACUCGGCGACCGUUUUCGAACACAACCGCUAGAGCUGGUAAUUGGCUCCUGCCAACCAUGCCAGAGAGGAAGAGAUCACGGAAAGGACGACCUCGUGUGCCAACAGGCGGAUCAUCUCGAGGGACAACCAUAGUAUGGGGUGAUUAUGGCCUGCGGAUGUGUGAUCAUCAUCGCAGAGUCAGUGCUUCUCAACUGAAGAUUGGAGAAGAAGCUAUCAAGGUCCGGCUAAAGGGGAUGCGGUAUCGAUUGUACAAGAGGGUUUGCGCAAGCAUUGGUGUUUAUAGCAGUGGUAAUGAGGUUCGUAUGGGGAAAGGGAAAGGCUCUUUCGAUCAUUGGGCAUCCAGAAUUGCUGUCAGCAAGGUAAUUUUUGAAUUGAAAGGGGAUAUUCACGAACAAGUGGCAAGAGACGCCUUCCGAUUAGCCGGGAACAAAAUGCCUGGCCAAUACGAAUUUGUAAAGAAGGGAGAUCCGCCUGUUGUUGGUAUCACGAAAUUGGACGGCAUUACAAUGGAAGAACUGAAAAGACCUCGACGUAAGAUUCCUUUGGGAUCAAUAUCAGCUAGGUCAACAUCUAAAACGCUACUACCAACUGCUUCUGCAUCUACGUCUCCAGCGGCGUAA